AUGUCGUGCUACCUACACCAGUGCCUCCCACCAGUCUACCAGGGCCCCAUCCCCAUCAAGUGCCCACCGAUGUACACCACCAGACCCCCGCCAGUGCCUACCUGGCACUCGACACUGUGCAUCCCACAGUACGUGUCCCCCUGCGUCCCCCGGCAGCGGCUCAUGUCCUCCAGUUUCUCCCAACAGCAGUGUGUGACCAAGUGCGUGCCGCGGCAGCACUACGCAACCAAGUGCGUGCCGCGGCAGCAGUGUGCGACCCAGCGCAUCCUGCAGCAGCCCUGCGUAACUCGGUGCGUGACAACCUGCGUGCCCCAGCAGCAGUGUGUGACCCAGGAUGUGUCGCAGCAACCUUGUGUGACCAAGUGUGUGCCGCAGCACCCGUGUACGACCCAGGGUGUGCCGCAACAGCGCGCAACCAAGUGCGUGACCGCCUAUGCCCACCAGCAGCAGUGUGCCACCAACUGCGUCCCGCAGCAGCAAGGUGCGACCAGGCAAGUGACCACGUGUGUGCCACAGCAGCCGUACCUGACCAAGGGCAUCCCACAGCAGCAGUGUGCCACCAAGUGCGUCCCCCAGCGGUGUGUCACCACGUACGCCCCGCAGCAGCAGUGCGCCACCAGGUGUGUCACCACGUGCGUCCCACAGCAGCGUGCGACCAAGUGUGUCUCGCACCAGUUUGUGACCUCUUGUGCCCCGCAGCAGUGCGCCACCACUUACGUCCCGCAGCAAUAUGCAACCAGGUGUGUGACCAAGUGUGUCCCACAGCAGCAGUGUGAGACAACCUGUGUCCCACAGCAGCAGUGUGUGACCAAAUGUGUCCCAGAGCCGCAGUGUGCCACCAAGUGUGUCCCACAGCAGCAGUGUGCCACCAAGUGUGUCUCGCAGCAGUGUGCCACCAAGUGUGUCCCACGGCAGCAGUGUCCCACCAAGUGUGUCUCACAGCAGUGUUCCACCAAGCCACCAAGUGUUUCCCGCAGCAGCAGUGUGCCACCAAGUGUGUCUCACAGCAGUGUGCCACCAAGUGUGUCCCGCAGCAGCAGUGUGCCACCAAGUGUGUCUCACAGCAGUGUGCCACCAAGUGUGUCCCACAGCCGCAGUGUGCCACCAAGUGUGUCUCACAGCAGUGUGCCACCAAGUGUGUCCCACAGCAGCAAUGUCAGUCAGGUGGAGUAA